UCUCGCAUGAUGCUCUCUCUUUAAUCCCUUAGAAAAUUUAUUUAUUUUUCCAUGAAUUCCCCAAAUCUUCAUUCUUCUUCUUAACAAAAAAAGAAGCAUAAUCUUAUGUAUAAAUUCUUCAUUCUUCAUAUUGUAUAACCCAGUUCGCUAAUUUCCACUCCCCAUUUCUAGCUCAAGUUUUCAAUUCCUAGCUGCAAAACCUCUUAUCUUUGGGUCAAAAUUUUCGAUUUCCCCUAAUCUUAUAAUCCCAAAACCCAAAAUUUUCAAUUUAGUUUUGCUCCAACUCCAUUAAUUCUUGAAACCCAUCGAUUUCCAGUUAUAAAAAUCUCAUUUUUUUGGUCAAAAUUUUUCGAUUUGGCUUCCAAAUCCCAAAAUUUUCAAUUUAUUCUUGCUCCAAUUCCAUUAAUUCUUAAAACCCAUCGAUUUCUUGUUAUAAAAUCUCACCUUUGUGUCACAUUUUGGUUAAUUACUCAUCUGAAAACCCCAAAUCUUUCUUUAAAAAUCUCAGCUUUAGGUCAAAAGCUUGGAUUUUUUUUGUUCUCUCCUCUUCAAAUGUCUGUAGCUUGUGGACUCGAAUGCGUCUUCUGCGUCGGUUUCAGCCGGUGGGCAUGGAAACGCUGCACACACGUGGGCUCCGAUGAUAGUGCCACGUGGACAGCAGCAACACCGGAAGAGUUCGAGCCGAUUCCGAGAAUCUGCCGCGUAAUCCUCGCCGUCUACGAGCCGGAUCUCAAAAACCCUAAAAUCUCUCCGUCGACCGGGAAAUUCGACCUAAACCCGGAUUGGGUCAUCAAAAGAGUGACCCACGAGAAAACCCAGGGAAGAUCUCCGCCGUACAUCAUCUACGUCGAUCACAACCACCGCGAGAUCGUGCUCGCGAUCCGUGGCUUGAACUUAGCGAAAGAGAGCGAUUACAAGAUCCUUCUGGAUAAUAAACUCGGACAGAAAAUGUUCGGAGGUGGGUUUGUUCAUCAGGGGCUCUUGAAAUCUGCGGCUUGGGUUCUGAAUCAAGAAUCGGAGACGCUUCGUAGCGUUUGGGAAGAGAAUGGGAAAGAGUAUGAUAUGGUUUUCGCUGGACAUUCUUUGGGAUCUGGUGUUGCUGCGUUGAUGGCGAUUUUGGUUAUCACUACUCCGGCGAUGAUCGGACAUGUACCGAGGAGUAAGAUUCGGUGUUUCGCGGUGGCUCCGGCGAGAUGUAUGUCCCUAAAUCUCGCCGUUAAGUAUGCUGAUGUCAUCUUCUCCGUUAUUUUGCAGGAUGAUUUUUUACCAAGAACAGCGACACCAUUAGAGGAUAUUUUCAAGUCUGUAUUCUGCUUGCCAUGCUUGUUGUUUUUAGUUUGUUUGAGAGAUACAUUUAUACCAGAGGGUCGAAAACUAAGGGAUCCAAGAAGACUUUAUGCUCCUGGUCGAAUUUAUCAUAUCGUGGAGAGAAAAUUCUGUAGAUGUGGAAGGUUUCCACCUGAAGUAAGAACUGCAAUUCCCGUUGAUGGUAGAUUUGAACAUAUAGUAUUAUCAUCCAAUGCAACAUCUGAUCAUGCGAUUCUAUGGAUUGAAAGAGAAUCCGAAAAGGCUUUACAGCAACUGAGAGAGAAGAGUUCAGAGGAGACAGUGGUAACAAUGGCACCAAAAGAGAAGAGAAUGGAGAGGUUCAAUACUUUAGAGAAAGAGCACAAAGAUGCGUUAGAGAGAGCUGUGAGUCUCAAUAUCCCACACGCUGUGUCUGCCGCAGAAGAAGAAGAAGAAGAAGAGCAAGAACAAGAACAAUGCAAUAAUCAAGAAGCAUCGGAACCUAUGUCGAAGAAGAAGAAUUGGGAUGAAGUUGUGGAGAAGCUUUUCCAUAAAAGCAAUUCCGGAGAAUUUGUUCUCAAUGAGAACGUUGCUCCUAAAAGGUAGAUAUUGAAGGGUUUGAUUGUGAAUGGAUUGGGUUUUGGGUUUUACUCAAAUUUUUGUACAUUUAUGCGGCUAAAUUGUUUAAAUUGUUUUUUAUAUGUAAAAAAGUUACCAACAUAUUCAACACAAGCCUUUAUUGGUGUGUGAUUAUGUCUUUUGAGUGUCUAUAAUAUUUUUUUUAUCA